GCUCGUCGUUCGGGCUGGGCGAGGCCUCAACCCUCAUGUGUGUGUAGCCGCCGCGCCCGUGGCUUCGUAGAAGUGAAUAAAGGAAAGGAUUCGUUGAGAGACAGUCGAUAAUUUCUAACCAUGCAUGAGAAAAGCGUAAAAUGAAAACCUGAAUAACUCCCAAGUAUAAGAGAGAGAAAAAAUAGAGGAGGAGGAGAAUAAGAAGAAGAAGAAGAAGAAGAAGGGAGAAUAUAAAUCAUAGGUCUGAAAUUAAAAUGUUGCAAAUCGAAUAUGAACGGCGAUAAAUCAAAAUGAUGAGGACUAAGAAAGGUGAAGGUACGGGGAAUAAAUCAAGAGGACAAAGGAGACGGUAAAAUAUAGUAAGCAAAGUUGAAUACGUUCGAAAAUAAUGAAGACUGAAAAGAAGCAAGGGGUAGAGAGAGACAAAAUACGUGGAAACCUCAGUGAGCGAGGCGGAAAAUUUGCAUAACAUAUUGAAAAGGGAAAAGUGCGAAGGAUAACAGAAAAAAAAAACGACAAAAAAAGUCGAAAAAAAUCAUAAAAAAUCACCAGAAUUGGCCAAAAAAUAAGAAAGGAAACAAGGAAACUAGAUCACAGUUCCUUAAUAACUUAAAAAAUACUUAAACAUGAGAAUGGACUCACAGAUACCUAAAUGUAUAUAAACCAACCUACUACUACUACUACUACUACCACCACUACUACUACAACUACUACUACAAGGCAAGAUGGUGGCCGUUCAAGUCCUCCUCAUGAACUACUUCCUCUUGGGUCUCCACAACAACAACCAGCUCUCCAAUGACGUCAUUCCCCCGGAGCUGGUGAAGGAGGCUGGGUGUCCUCACGGGUGCGCGCGCUGUACGCCUAUUAACGGGUGUCUGGCAUGCAAGCCGCCCUUCUUUUUGCUGUUGCACCGGGAAGGCGCCUCACAGACCGGCUCCUGCACCCGUGCCUGCCCCGUGGGGUUCUUCAAACUCCGCCGCGGCAAGAAAAGAGGGUUUUGUGCCAAGUGCAUGCUGCGAGGGUGUAGCGAGUGCACCACGCGACACUACUGCUCCAUCUGCAAGGCUGGACUAGUUCGUCACGCGGGCAGGUGCAGGAAGAAAUGCCCCUUUGGUACGGAGAUCAGCCCCCGCACACCUGGUCUCUGCCUCUCCUCUCCCACGCCUCCGACAGAUCUCGACAACGAAAUCAUCAAAAUCAACAGGACGUGGGCGACAACAAAGACGGCAACCACGACGAUACAGCCCAUCAGUAACGCCACCUCCACGUCCUCCCUUCCCCCGGACCGCCCGCCCAAGAGGAAGAGGAAGAAGAAACGCAAAAAAGGGCGGAAGAACAAGAAGAGACACCGACGAAGGAAGCACAAGAAGAACCGGCUGAGGAACAGACGAAGGAAGGAGAUGAGAAGACGAAGACUCCGACAACAGAAGGAAAGAAGAAGGAAAAAGGUGCUUACAUCAAAUUCCACCGCCAUAACUACUACUACUAUUACUCCCACCACCAUCACUACAACCACUACUACAACUACUACUCCACUUUUCACUUAAAUGCUCUGUAACUUGACUACUUUUUUAUUAUAUGUAUUUUUUGCUCGACUUAUCACAGCUAUUCACACACUCACACACUCGCUGUCCGCAGAUGUCCUAUAGAGAAGCCCGUGUUACAUUUUCUUUAGCUCCCCAUUAAAAAACAGUUUGCCAGUCCGUUUUCUUUCUAAUGAGCGCGCGGUAUAAUAGAACUAAACUCAAAAGAAAACGCUUGAUCUCAUAGAAAAAAAAUAUAUACACAUGACAGUUUUAUAUUAGUAGUUAUUCUACUUUACUUAUUUCACUCUUAUUUUUUUUUUCAUCCUGUUUCCGAGAUUGACUUUUCUCUUUCGUAUCUUUUUUUGCGACGUUCCUAAUUCUCUCCUUUUAUUUUACGUUUUUAUUUUAUUUUAUUUAUUUAUUAUUUUUUUUUUCUUUAUUUCGUUAGUAAGCCUCGCGUGUCCGUGUACGUAGAGCCAAGUGACAUGUACGUUUAGUCUAACACACACACACACACACACACACACUUCUUAACCCCGCCAAGGUCUUUUUUGUAAAUAAUUUUCAAGUGAUAUAUUUGUAAAUAACCUACUUUAGCAUUAAUAUAUAUUUUUUCUAUCUUCUUUUUUUCAUUUUCUUCUUUCCUUAUUUUUUUCUUCUUUCUUUGUUCCCUUUCUCUGUUUUCAUUGCUAUUUUCUUUCCUUUUCUCUGCCUGUUUCUCUCUCUCUCUCUCUCUCUCUCUCUCUCUCUCUCUCUCUCUCUCUCUCUCUCUCUCUCUCUCUCU